AUGGAGAAGUAUUGUGCUUACGUAGUCAGGUGUUGUGGGGUAAACAAAUUUUCCGGGGAAACUGAUCUUUUAGCUCUGGGACAAACAUCAGGAUUGAAGGCACAUCAGCGAAAUAUGAACAUCCACGAGGUGAUACUUGAGGACAAUGAAAAUAGCCGUAAACGUUUGUCAAAAUCAUGCGACGUUUGCCGAGAAAAGAAGCUCAAAUGCGAUUCGCAAAAACAAUGUUCCCAUUGUCGAAGUCACGGAUUUGAGUGUGUAUACUCCUUCGUCAAAAAGCCGGGUCUUAAACCCGGUUAUGGAAAAGAGCUACUAAAGAGGCUGUCCUCUUUGGAGGAAGAAAGCCAAACAUUCCAUAAGAAGUUCAAACUUAUUGAAGCUGCACUUGGAAGUCUGCAAGGUGGAAAAUCUACAAAUUAUGUGGGACAAGGUCAGGUGAAUUUGAUGGGUUCAGAGUCUCUUCAGCCUAGUGUGACAUCUGUGGACGCUAGCUUAAGUCAAUCUCAAACAGCUAUGACCUCAGAGAUGGAACGUAAACACGAAUACAUGGACCGCAACAUCAGACUUCUUAACAGUGGGUUACCAAACCCUGGAACACUUAAACAACUCGUUGAUAUAUUUUUUGCCAAAGUAUUUCCCAGCUUUCCUAUUAUCCAUCCACUGGAAACAAGAAGAACUGUACAGCAAUAUAUUUGUGCGAUUCAAGCUUCCAAUGCCGCUCAAACUUUGUCAAUUCACAAACCACCAUUGAUCAUUUACGGGAUUCUUCUAAAUUCAGUGCAAUACAUACAAGAAAGCAAGAAUAUAUCCAUGCCCAAAGAUGAGGUUGAACAAUUGAUUCUGACAUGUAAACAAAAAAUCAUUCUCGAGUGCUACUCUAUCUCCUCAAUUGCUCAACUUCAGACGAUAGCAUUAAUGGCUUAUUAUUCAUUUGGAAAUUCUGUUGUUCCAGAAUCGUCUUCAAUUAUCGGCAUGUGUGCCACUGGAAUGAUCCACUUGAAUAUCUCGGUUACCAACAAUACAAGUUCUCGAUCCACAUCUUCAAAUACUACAAAGGACUCUUUACCAUUUGUUAUUCGCCCAAAAAGAGCUAAAAUUCUGAAAGAGCCUGUCACGGUCAGUGAAAAAGAAGGUAGGAUUCGAUUAGGGUGGGGUAUUGUUGUUCUUGAUAUUCUGAACUCAUUCUCUUCAGGCACACCCUUGUGCGUGCCCGAGUCAGAAGACAAGCUUUCUAGGCCUUUGGGAACUAAGUUGUGGAGUCAAAUUGAUGACCCUAACUAUAAGCCAUUUCUUUUUGCCAGAAAUGGUUCAGAAACUGAAACUUCUGAUGCGUUCAGCUACUUCACUGAUGUAAUACAGAUGAUGAGAAGGAUGUAUGGCUUUAUCUCUCACCCACGAAAUAUAGCUGACAAGCAGAAUGUUUGUGAGUGGUUUGUGCAUUUCCAUAUGUUAGAGACCGAAAUGAAGGAGUGGAAGAGCAAUCUACCUUCUAAGUACGCUUCUCUGCUUGAUUCAAGCACUUUGGGUACGGAACAACAUACAUUUGAAGAGAUCGCAGGUCUUGCUCUUUUGCAUUCUUCAUAUCACAUAGCACUGAUCAAGAUGCACAGCGCAUAUGGAUACCCGCAUAUUGAAUCUCCAGCUUUCAAGCAUUCAGAAAGCUCGCGACGAAUAUGUCUCGAAUCAGUGGAAAGGGUGGCAUUAUUGGCUCAAAAUAUUAUGGAGCAAGAAAAGAAGAACGGUGAAAAAAUGCUUGAGUACUUAGGACCACAUUAUUCCUUCUGCAUAUGGGUCUGCGCAAGAGUUCUGAUAGCAGACAGCAUUUUUAACCAGGCAAAAAGCCAGUCAGAUCGGGAAAAUCUUAACAUGAAGUUAAAGCUAUUUUGCGGAAUACUAUUCGCUAUUGGGAAGCAUUGGCAGGGAGCUCAAAAAUACUAUAGGAUUUUGAGGCAACUACAAAGCUUCGGUUUUGAUACUCUCCCUGCUUCUGCAAACACAGAUUAUCCAGAAGGAAAUGAGUACGAAAUACCUCCAUCACAGGCCAUUGCUGACAUGAGAAUCAAUGCACAUCUACUUUCUCUCAUUUUGAACAAAAAUCUAACAAAAGAUACUCGAAGCCGGAAUCUCCACGAUAGCCAAAACUCAAUUAUAGAUAAAGAUGUUUCAUUAGCCUCAGCGCAAUCAAGGCCAAAUCGAACCCAAGAGGAGAGUAUGCUUUUGGACGCUUUCCAAUUUGAUACCAGCUCCUUUGGAUUUGAAGAUCUACUUGGAUAUUUGACUCAAAAUAACAUUGCACAAGAGCCUUUUUAG